CUUUUGCUGUCCAAUCGCGGAUGACGUUGCUUUGUUAUCGUACGUAAGCUGACAGCGGAACUGAACAAUCGAGAGAGGCUAUCUGCAAGAAACCAACACAACAAGGUAAAUUUGAAUACUGAUAAGCUUACUUUUAACAUUUAACUGCGCAUAUUCACCCAUAUGUGUUGUUCAUAAGUUAUUUUUUAUGCAUGGCGGUGUGAUUUAAAUCGUUAAACAGGCUUAAAUGACCUGAGGCCUAACGUCGUCGGCUAAGCGAAGCCUGGUAAAUCAGUAGCCUUUAGCAACAGUGCUAGCAUGACACAGAGCCAGAAGACGUGUGAAUUCAUGUUUUAAUGUGAAUUUUAGGGACAGAAAUAAACAGCAACAGUGUAGUUUUAGUAGGAUAAUACCUUACAUGUCAUCAACACGGAGGUCUAUGUGUAGUUUGGGUCUAUAAGCUGCAGUGUUAGCCGAGUGAGGCGUCUGUAAACUGUAUUUUUGUUUUGAUUUUAUUGAUCUUUUUCACAUUAUCUUUCACUUCCUUUCUAACGUUGAUAUCAUUGUUGUUGUGUGUGACUUAAACAACUAAUGUCCCAUUAAUCCCACUAAGGAGAAAUCUGGCACAGGUAAAUACUGUACACGUGAUUAUACACCGAUCAGCUUGAACACUUGAACAGUGUAAUGCAGCUCGAUAAAACUAAUCGGCCAUAACCGCGACUAUCAGGAAACUUUACAACCUUUAAUAACAGGAAACUUCAAUUUUUUAAUUUUUAUUAGGGUCAGGCGAAUAAUAAUUGUUUCGUAGAUGAAUAUAAGCAACUUUUUUUUCAAUAUUACACUUUAAAAACCACAUUUCGAUAUAACACUCCUUAGUACAUCACCAUCAGCACCUUCCACCACGGUUUUGAUAAUAAAGGAAUAAAUGAACGGAUCACCUGCCUGAUCAUUUAAACUAAAAUUAAAAUGUUGAAGCGUCACUAAAAUAGAAUUUAUAGAAAAUUUGUCAAAUUGCAUUGGAUGACCCAGCUCUUCAUAGUUACAGUAAUACUAAUAAUGUAAUACUAAUGUCUGUUCUCAUUGUGGAUAUAAAAAUCUACUUUACUGCUUGAUAGAUUAAAGCAUUGCUGUAUUUCUAAACUAUUGGUAGAGUUUUGUAAUACAGAUUUCCAUUAUUGGUCCAUUAGAAAAACAAGAAGUAUUCCACAAUUAUCUUUAAUAAGGUUAGGGAAGUCUACUGUCAUAUCACAGUUCAGUAUCAAAUGAAUUUAAUGUGUUGAUUGUGCUUCACACAAGUUAUUACAAAAAUUAUGUCAUUCAAAAAGUCAUGCAAAAUCAAGGCAAAGAAAAAAAAACAAACGUAAAACAGAAGUUAAAUUUUAAUCAGACAGCUUCAUUAUACAAGCACAACAGUUUCUGUGCAGUGUUGUACAACAAUCAGUCAUAAACCAGCUUUUUGGUCCCUGAUUCUAAAUUGAGUUCCCGGGCGGCACAGUGGUGUAGUAGUUAGCACUAUCCCCUCACAACAGGAAGGUCCUGGGUUUGAAUCCGGCUCAGGGCGUUUCUGUGUGGAGUUUGCAUGUUCUCCCUGUGUCUGCAUGGGUUUACUCUAGGGUACUCUGGUUUCCUCCCACAUCCCCAAAACAUGCCUAAGUGGGGUUAGGUUAAUGGGCCACUUUCAAAUUGCCCGUCGGUGUGAAUGUGAGCGUGGAUGAUUGUUCGUCUCUAUAUGUCAGCCCUGCGAUGAACUGGCGACUUGUCCAGGGUGUCCCCUGCCUUCGCCCAAAGAUGCUGGGAUAGGCUCCAGCCCCCUCGCAACCCCUAACACGAAUAAGCGGUAGAAAAUGGAUGGAUGGAUGGAUGGGUGGAGGGAGUAUCUUCUCAUACAAGUCCUGAUACAAGUCUGAAUAUUUGUGUUUGCUGAGAUCAUAGCUGUAGGAUAUUUUCAUUAGAGAUAUUUUUGGUUUAUUUUAAAGCAAAACAAACUUAAAGCACUCUAGUAGUAUAUAGUUGUAUUUGUUUUUAUAAUUAGCAGAAGCUUCUGUAGAAGGCAGCAUACAUCAUAGAUGAAGUAAAACACAUGCAUAGAUGAAGACAGAAGGAAAGAGUGUUUUACAUCCCUCCCUUGACUUGGCUGUCUUUGUAUCUGGGAUGUGCAAAUUUUGCGACUGAGUGUCGUGCAUCAGUCUCAACCUGACUGAGGUUGUUCCAUGGCUUCUAGUAGAGUGCUUUUCAUCAUCUUGUUUCCCUGGUGAGUAGUUGUCUCUUGGGAAAGAACACAUUAUUUCAGAGCUGUUAGGGCAUUGAUCACAUCAGCUGUGUUCGCCGCUCCUGCACUCACAACACAUGUCAGCUCUUCAGAGGGAAAUCAAACCUCAACUACCUUCUCCAUAGGUGCCCACUACUUUGCUGUCAAUAAAGUCAGGAGUAUUCUGUUAUAUGAUUAGUUAAUAGAUGUUUCAUGUAAUCGGUGGGACUGAAUGCAGUUCUACCAUUACCAUCUCUAAAAAAGGCUUUAUUGAACAAGCGGCUGUUUAAAGUGUUUAUGCUAAUUCGUUUCAAAUGUUUCCACACAGUUGACAUUUAGCAAUGGGUUUGUUAGUGCUAAAUUACUUGCGUGUUUGCAGUGAUUGGGGUUGAGGUGAAUCGCUCUACUUGCUAAUCCCCCAUCAAUUAAAAAUCAUCCUUAGUCAUAAGUGAUUUGCCAAAACAGUUAAAUGAAAGGUAUCUGUCAGCAGAUGUGUCCCAAACCUGAGUUUGCUCCAGAUUUUUGAGGCACAAAAGCUGAAUGCUUCUUUUUUAUGUUUGGUUCGGACACCUGGGACAGAGAGCAAACUUUUCCCAGUCAGAAAACUUGGGUUUCUGUCCCUAUACUAUUCAGUUCUAUAUCAAGCAAAGGCAGUACUUAAACACCUAUUCUCUGACAGACGGGGAGCCUUUGACAGGACUUUGGUAUAGGAGUGAUGUAGUCCACCCCCUUGGUCUUUGUUCAGUCUGAUGGUGUUUUUUUUAAACACUUUUCUCCCUCAGAGCUCAAUGAUUAAUCAAACAGUUGGAAAGGUAUUUAAAAGAAACUGUACUUAAAAGGUACUGUAUGUAAAAAUAGGGUUAAGAUAAGUAUGAUCUGCCAUUCGUCAAGUUCUUACCAUCGAAAUGUACAAUUUUUUCCAUUUUUGGUCAUCUUUGUCUUCCAACUGGUGCAAUUCAUUAAGCCACUCACUGAAAACAAAAAAGGCAAUGGCUACUAGCUUGUUCACUCUGUGUAGUGGGAGAAUCUAGGGCUGGGACGAUACGCUUUUCUCCCGAUCCGAUUCUUCUACGAUUUUUUGGAUGCUGAUUUGAUUUAAAUUGCGAUUCUACGAUAUUAUCGAUUUUCUCGAUUUUUAGUCUGCAUUUUUAACACCAGUAAAACAGUUGAAUUAUUAUGAUUGUCUACUGACGAUUCCAGGAACCAUAUUUCCCCAAAAACACACAUCACAUGUAAGUCAGUUUUUAAGAUUUAUUCUUAAAUUUGGAAGAAAAAAAAUCGAUUUAAAAAUUUUAAAACAAAAAUUAUGUGAUACUCAUUUGAAUAGUUUUUUUCUCCUGGGGUCCUGUUUCUGUGUUUAAAAGUCAAUGAAAACAAUGAUUUUUUUUUUCAUUUGGGUUAUUGCACACUAUUAAUGUGUACGUAUGAAUAUCAUAUUCCAUUUCUACUUGGUCUGAUCUACUAAAUGCCACUAAGUACUACACACCGUAACUUUAAAUUACCUUCAUUAUCUCAAGACACAAAGGUCAAUAACAGCAUCAAAUACAAAGAAUCACUAAUAAAUAUAAUGUUUCCCUUUAAUUACUGUAUCAGUGUAACACCUCAAAUCUCAGCCCUUUACACAGAUACACAAACCUGCACUGAAUUCAUAAUUUCCUUCAUAAAGUAAAAAAAUGGCGGUAAACAUUGUCCAGGAGCGCCACCUAUGCUCCCAUACGUUUUUUAAACUUUUGCAUCUUUCAAGUGACAGCGUUUCAUUCGACAGGGACACCGAAGUAUUCUUAUCACCACUGGCCACAUUCAGUUAAUCCCUUUACACAAAGUUUUACCAUUCUGAUUUCCCUUAAGUAGCUUUAAGUAGCUUAAAUGGGAGUGCUUGACGUAAUAUACUUUUUCUGUAAGAGCUUGUUUCAACCCAUAAUUUGAAGCUAUGAUGUUUACACUGAGUGAUGUUGUACUCUCUGAUGCGUAUGAGGAGGCUUUGAUCUCAAAUCUAUUAACUUUCUGACCACCUGAGGUCGAACUGCUCAUAAAAUAUAUGACAUGUUCAAAUAUCUAUCGAGAUGUGGCUAAAUUAAACAUAAAAGUAAUUCACCAAGCUGCUCUUUAUUUGAGGAAAGCAUCUCCUCUCAGGAUGGGUUUACAGUGGUCUUAAGGCCCCUCUGAGUCAAUGUUGUUUUUAGGAAGAUAGAUGAACUCAUUAGAGACGAGGGUUUAUUGUCGCGUGUGCAGCUUCAGUAAGUUUCGGUAAUCAUGCACAACGCUGAAACCUUACAACUGCCAAAUUCAAUCUCAAAUGUUUUCUUCUUGUACAGGCCUUGAAUCUUUUAUUGUUUUAUGAAGUGUUUUAUUCUGUUUGAUUCCCUGGCACUGUUUUCAAUCGAAGAUUCCUUGGAAAAGAGCAAAUAAAACAAACAAAAAAAAAAUGUUCUGAAUAUGAUAAAAGAGAGAAGUAGAUUCUGAAUCUGAGAGGAGCGAUGUUCGAUUAUUAUUCUUUACUAACAUAAUGCAUCCAUGACCCAAUUAUAUAGCAGUAUCGGGCUAAAUGAAGUGAGAAGGGUAGAGCAACUAUAAUGUAGCUGGUCAUUAUCCAAGACCAUAAUUGCACUAACAAGCAAUUUAUCACAUUGACUUAAUACAUGCUCCUUGUUUUCAGUAUUGUUCGUCCUUUUUUUAACCCCUCUGCUCACAAAGAUGCUGCGUGUUCGGGCGUCUGCAUCCCUGCAUAAUUUGCAGCUCUGUUCCUCUUGCAAUCUGUCGCUGAUUUGCAGCCACUUUUUAGUCCUGAUUGAAUCAAUAGAAGCACACCGAUGAAUCCAAUCCAGCCCUCUUGAUUUGACUUUUAUAGGUUUAUGAAUUUCAAAUAGGUAGAUAGUGAGAUUUUUCGGCUGCAUCACAUGCCUGCUCAUCUGUUCAGCUUGCCAGAGAGGAUAUUCUUUACACCUCCUUGAUGAUUGUCCAGUGGGACGACAUAUGGGGGAUGACGUACAUCUUAAUGCAUCAGUUUAAGGAUUAUACAAUCCAUUGGUGCCAUGAGCACUUACUGAACCAGUCAGACUAGACUGAGCUCAGCAGUGAGUAUCCAGACUCUCUGUUGCAUUAAUUUGAGGAAAAACCCUUAGGUAAUAAAACCGGUCUGAUGCAACAGCAAUAACUGAAUCAUGUAUCUGUAAAAUUAAACUUCCCUUGUGUCCCGGCAUUCGUCUUUUGGGAUUAAGAUCUUAAAAUAUCACAUCAGAGUCAAGAGGACAUCUGCUUGAACUGUUGUAUACAGUUGAGAGACUUUUGAGUUGGGAGGGACACAGCUUGAAUCAGACUGACACCCUCUCUGUACUAUUUUUAAACAUAGUAUUUUUUCACUAUGAAGCUGGCGAACUUCAAAGCUAAAGUCAGGCCAAAGUACAGGAACGACAGAGAUUCAGUACUAGAAAAACAUUUGAAGCUUUUUGUUCUUUAGGAUUCACUUCCUGCAGACUACAUGUCAGCACAAGAGCACAGGCAGAUUACUGUCACUACUUAGGUAAUCGUUCUUUCUUUGCUGUCAGCCCGUAGUGCAUUUGCAUCAUGUUUCCAUGCAGGGAAUGGGUUCGGAUGAAUAAACAUGCCCUGUUUAGUAUUCAUUACACUUGUUGCCUGUGUUGGUUCCACAGAGUGCAGCUGCCUGUCCACAAUCUGAGUGGCUCUCCAGGUAAUUCGGGGGUUAAGUGCUUUGGUCAAGAGUACUUGGCUGUUGGAACUGAAAUGAAAAGAACAUAUUGUUACUUAAAUUCUGUGCGAUUUCAACAAACUACAAGUUGUAUGACCGCACUUGAGAAGACGUGAUAAAACCCCUCGUAUGCGGUCGAGUCAUUUAUCCGUUGAGCUUUGGGAUCAGUGAUAGCACCUUAAUAAAGUGGCAGCAGCGGCGGUAACAAAGACGUAUCACUCCUUGAUUUUCACUACACUUGAACUCUCUACACGGCUCUGUUGUUCUCAUGUGUCUCUCUGUAGUACUCGUGUCUAACCCGCUCACCGUGUCUCUGUCACCUGUGUCCCCUGGCAUCAGAUGGAGGUGGAGCAGCUCCUGUCUCUGUCAGGCUCAGCGCUAGCCCAGGCUGUCAGCUCCCUGCUGGAGACCCCAGGACUCUACGUCUUUUCCGACAUCCUGGAGCUGCCAAAUGUCAGAGAGGUAAACACGCGCUCUCACACUUUCUCUUCCUCACCUUCUGUGUCUGGUGAGACCUUUUCAGACCGGGAACAGGGAGAAAAAAAAAAAAAGAAAAAACACAUCUUAAUCAUAACUUUGACAGUUACCUCACAUGUGUUGGUUUAUCAAAGAAACACUGAGAAUCUGAAACUACACACAAAAUCACAGAGCAGUCAGCGAGGAGGCCUGUGAACACCUUGCAGGGCUCGACAGUGCGACAAUUUCACUUGCAUUUGCGACUAAAAAUAGAUGUGUGCGAAUUGUAUUGAGGCAACAAAUGUUUUUUGAUGUAAAUACCGCAGUGAAGUUGGUUUAAGGUUGGAUAUUCGACAGACAUUCACUGCGGAUUUACCGGUGUCUUAUCACUCUUCAUAACCGGGAACAGCAACAUCAGCGCGGUUAAAUCUACUCGACACCCUCACUGUCAAUGUCGGGUGUUGAAUAAGGGACCAUCAAUGAAUUACCAGUUGAUGUUCUCAAAAAAGGCUGUUUUCCUCCAAUAGCUUCCAUGUCAUGUGACCAAUUGACCAAAAAUUGAUUUCAAAUAAGAGUACUUAUGUCGACCAAUAAGACACACCUCUUUAUUUCCCUAAUUUGUCCUCUAAAAAUUUUGGUGUUAAAGGGAUAUUCUGGCGUAAAAUUAAUUUAGGGUCAAACAAACUGUAACACCGAGUUAGACACCCCCUUGAGAGAUGAAUGUUGCCGACCGCUUGCUUCUCUAGGUAUACCAAAUUUAGUAAAGACCGCAGGAUAGCAAUACACAGCGGUCUGAGGAGCCGUAAACAUACCUCAACCAAAACACCACUCUAUAGCCACAAAUAAUGCUCAGAACAGCACCUCACUUCAUCAACAGUACAUAUAGGGUCCCAGCCAUAGCACUAGCCACCAAACAUCUUUUUAGCUUUGCCUAAUUUCUUUAACAAAGAGACUAAACACAACUCACCUACUCUCUUCGAGCAGCCGCUUGUUUGUAGUGAGACCUCAAGCCAGUCCAUUACGGACUACAGCGGGGUUUCGCAGCUCAAGGAAGAACAUUUAUGAUAAUUUCUUUACGGAAAUGCAAUCAGACCGAGACGCUAAGGCAGAAGAACUACCGCAUCUACAGAAAUGAUCAGUAUGGUGAUUAUUACUUCAAGGAAAUGAUAAAGAAAGUGGAGUGGUAUAGAGAAAGUAUAGAGUGGUGUUUUGGUUGAGGUUUGUUUAUGGCUCCUCAGACCGCUGUGUAUUGCUAUCCUGCGGUCGUUACUAAAGUUAGUAUAACUAGAGAAGCAAGCGGUCGGCAACAUUCAUCUCUCUCGGGGGUGUCUAACUCAGUGUUAUGGUGUGUUUGACCCUAAAUUAAUUUUACGCUGGAAUAACCUUUUAAAUUUAAAGGCAAAUUUUUGAACAUCUUCAAUAGCUUCCAUGUCAUGUGACCAAAAGACCUAAAAUUGAUUUCAAAUAAUAGAACUUAUGUCGACCAAUAAGACAAACAUUAUUUGAUCAAUUUUCAUUGUGCCCCUAAAGUUCUUUGUGUGCUCCUUACUUUUUCAACUUCGGAGCACAUUUGCUCUUUGUGAAAAAAGUUGGUGUCAAGCCCUGCCUUGUUUGUGAUGUGUGUGACGGAAGUUUCUAUAAAUCACAUCAGGACAUUUUAAUCACGCAUGAAAGUGGGAAUUCAUACACACACACCAGUGAAAUAAUUAUUGUUGUAACUUCCCAUCCAAUCAACACUUCUAUAUAGAACUCUCGGGUGUGAUGCCACCGUUAAUUUCUGAAAAGUACAUCACCAGUGAAACACGUUUGUUGCACACUAAACUCACAAAAAAUUGAGAGGUUCACGCCCUGUGUUAGAAAUGAAAGGCUGUUAAAGUCAAGACACUCAACCACAGGAGAGACUCUUUUCUGGAGUUCUGAUGCAUUUGUACAAGUGGUUGAAAUUUGUCUUUACUGAAAGACAACACCGAGGUUUGGCAGUGCUGCAGAAUGGGUGCUGAGAUUUCUGCAGCCGAAGUUUAACCUCAGGUGUAAAAUCCACAAAUCUGUUAUAUCAAACACCAAGGGAGAGAGACAAACAGAAACCGAGACAGGAAUGUCUCAAAGGUUCAGAGAGUGAGAAUACUAUAAACCUAAUAGCAGAAUUUCACAGCACAUUAAUAGAAGCAUUACAAAGUCGAUCUGCGUGGUACGAGGAAAUGUGUGAUAAGGUUAUUGUGAUGGGAAUAAGAAGUGCAGUGGAAAAAACAAAUGUGCAGAUUUGCUGUAACCCUCUGGUUUUAUGUCUACCUGCUGCUCUCUGUAUUCAGCAUACCUGCAUUUACAACAUGUCCCUCCUGAAUUCAACAUGGUUCCAGAAAGCAGCUUUCCACUGCUGAUGAAUGUGAGGGCAGCUGAUAUGUGGCUUAAGCUUCAUCUGACUGUAUCAAAUAAGUGUGAGAGCACGGCUGUUAUCCCGAGGUCUCCGUAGAAUAGGUGAAUCAUCGCCAUUGCCAGUCCAGUGGAGUUUGAAUGAAACGGUCAUAAUCACUUAGUAAGAAGAUCCGGUGAAUUAUUUUUAUCUUUUCACAGCAAUAAUAUAUUCAUAAAGUUUAAAGUUCUUCUAAGAAGUCGUUCACAACAUUCGGCUAUUUUUAUUAUCUCCUCACAUAAAGCUUUUUCUUCAAGGACUGAACAAACACUCGCUUUUCUAAGUGUUUUCUUGUCAAACAAUGUUUGUGUCUCCACAGCAGAGAGCGCUUUCUUUUGUUCAUCAUUGCUGUCAAGACAUGUGCAGCUCCGAUCAAAUCUGCACCGCACUUUUGAAAAACUGCCGUUGGGCUCAUUUACAUCUUAAUGGAAAUACCACGUCGAUGCAACACUUCUGCACCUGCGUGUGUUUUAUUUCUGUAAAACAUGGUGUUCUCACAGCGGGUGUUCUCGCAGGUACCAUAAGCACUUUGAAAGAGAAUAGGACCCCAUAUGGUGGAGCAGAUACUGUACUCCAUACGUCUUUGAACCUUUCAGAAACAAGUCUGUAGUAUUAAGUCAGACAUGGAAACACAAAGGGAAACAUUCACUGUCAUUCAGAAAUUCAAUUCUGAAUUCUUGUCACACAAAAAAACUGGAGAGAGAUUUUGAUACCAGGUGUGGAUAAAAUUGCCUUCUGAAUAAUCUAAGAAGGUCUGUGUACCAGUAGAUAGAUCUAGGACUGGAGCUGAGGGGAAAUGCCAAAUGUUUUCAGAGCUGUUUGUUUGGUCACGAAUUUGAGAAAAAGGCUCUUCAGAAGAUAGCAAAGCCAUGACCGACAAAAUCGAUAAUGGAAUCAAUCAAUCACACAAUCAAACUUCAUUUUUGAAGCACUUUUCAUACAAAGAAAGUAGCACAGGAUAUUAAAAAACAAUGAAAUACAAUAAAUAAGAAUCCAAAUACAAAACCCCAACCACCCUCCCAACCCCCAUUCAACACAUACAGCACUCUCACACACACACACACACACAUGCAGGUGAGGACUCUUCAACUUGCCACAGAUGACUGAGAAAAUGCAGUCUUGGGUUAAAAAAGAUGAAUACCAGGAAAAUUUUACAUUUCAAGUAGGGCUGGGUGAUAAAAUGAUAACUAUAUAUAUCGAAAAUUAAUUUCCCUCGAUAUCAAUAUAAAACAUGGUCAAUAUCCUUUUCGAUAGUCGGCAUUCUGCGAUGUUUCGGUAGACUAUACGAAUAGCCAAUAAAAAGGGGAGUUGCUCCGGGUCCGCUUCGUGCUGAACCAAUCAUGUGCUGAAUUAGAACCAAGUAGCAAAGAACUGUGUAGUAGCAGGUUGCAGCUACACACAACCAUAGCACAAGGCUCAAUAGAUGAUGACGCUGGCACCAAAACCUCGGUGGUGUGGAGGUAUUUUGUUUUUUUGAGCUCGGACAUGAAACAGAUUAAUGUGCACUUAAAAUUAUGUCAAGUACAUGUCCUCUCAAAGUCGGGGAAUACCUCAAAUCUUUUUUCACCACCUGAAGCAGUGCCACGGGGCAGAGCAUGCACAACGCAAAAGGUUACAAACCCCGAGCGGAACAAGUAGCCCAUGGCGCCCGUGCAGCAGAAACAGCCGACCAUUCAGUCCACUUUCUCGAGCGCAACGCCUUACAACAAAACAUCGAAGAGACACAAAGACCUCACAGAUGCAGUAGCUUAUUGUGUUGCAAAAGACAUACUACCAAUAUGUACUGUUAAAUUUCAUUUUUUAUAUUUUGAUAUAUAUCGAUAUAUCGACUGAUAUGAAAAAAAUAUAUUGUGAUAAACUUUUUCCCAUAUCGCCCAGCCCUAAUUUCAAGCUAUAGCAAAUGUGUAAUGAAUGAGUUUGAAAAGUGUCUGUCAGAUUAUAUGUUGUCCAAGUGUUGCAGCUUUUGUCAUAUCUUUUUUUAGUCUCACCAGGCUUUGGUUUCACCUCACUUCAGGGUUUUACCGUGUUGAUAGAUAAAAUUUUGUUUACAUUUCUCUGCAGGAGUCUCAUUACCUGUUUCCUUCUGUCUUUGCUCUUGUCUGCCCUCUAAACCACAGCUGGAGAACGGGCCUCAUGCACCUAUGUACCAGCUCCUCAACCUUUUUGCCUAUGGAACCUACUGCGACUACAAAGGUAUUGCAGUGGCAGCAUUGUGUAAAUAAGUAAUGGUGCAGCCCAGCAACUCCUUUUAUUAUGAGCUGUAUUUCUUUGCUGAGAGGCAGGCACCUUGAGACAGCAGCUUCAAAUCUCUCACCUGAGAUACUCUUGGCAGGCUACUCCCAGAUAAAAAUCACUGAUUGAAGCAUCUUUGGCAUCUUUUCUGUGAGUGUUUUUAUUCACAGAUGAUUGUCAGUGUCACACCAGUGCUGGCACAGACAGACGUAUAAACUAAUUUUCUGUGACUUCAUUUGCCGUCUGUGUAAUGCAUCGAGAAGCCUCAACGAGAAGUGGAAUGUUAAUUAUGUCUAAUUUUAUGCUGAAUACCAACCAAUAGCCUGGAAAAAGAAUUUAGCCUACUUUAUUGUUGCCUUCCCUUUGGAGUCAUGCCAACAGGGAGCACAUUUCCUUUCAGAGAGCUGUGUAGUGGAGCCCUUAGAGGAGCUGUCAGAGCUGCUGUCUCAGAGGGUGUCAGCGCUGUCACCAGGGGAGCAUGGCAGCAGGAGACGCAGGCGCUGGAGAGCGACCUCCUCCUAACUGUGUUCUCUGACUGCUUAAACUGCUCCCCACUCAGCUACGUGUCUCUGUAUGCCAUUACACUUCAAAGUAAUAAGUAGUGCCUCGAUUAUGUGUGGCUGUUUGACCCACAGCAAAGUGACACUUACACACUGUUCUGUGAUAUUUUUCACACUGUGACACUUUUUCAUUUUCUGUUCUCUUAUCGGCUGUGUAGAGAGAGCCGCCUCUCUUCCAGAGUUGACCCCCGCACAAAGAAACAAACUCCGCCAUCUGUCCAUCAUCAGCCUGGCAUCGAACCUCAAGGUACUGAUCCUUUCUCUUCUUUUGCAGUUUACACAUAAAGUGCAGCUUCACUGUCAUCUCAGAUUUGCAUCAAAAGUAGAAAAUAAGGGGGGCCAGUUGGGUGUAGAAGUUGAAGUGUGAUCCCCACGCACAGAGGUUCUCGGGUUCAACUCAGGGCCUCAACCCCUUCUUCACUCUCCACAGUCCCUGUCUUUAUUUCGCUAUCCAAGGAAGGCAAACAAAUAAACUCAUAAAAUCAUGUCGCAUUGACAGGCUGCGUAUUUAGUGUAUCUUUUAGCCUGUACUGGAUGGCCAUCAUUUAGUGGUGAUGUUUCUAGGAGUGCCGGCCAAGUUUGAGAUUUAUUUUUGAACAAAGUUUGGAACGGUCCAAAAAUGCUGUCAUUAAGAAGUUUGUCCAAAACACCACUUUUAAUUCUGUAGUUUUAUCCAUUUGCGCAAACAGUGCUGCACAAUACGGUCAGACCCUCAGACUCUAUGACAAAGCAUAAUUAUGGUUUGUAUUUUUCUGUCAAGUUUUUGUUGAGAGACAGCAGCCUUUAGAGUUCCUCCGUCAAGUCAUAGUGGCAUGAAUUGGUGCCAAAUCGACCUAUGUAAAGGCAGCUUUGUCUCUGUGUAAAUGAAAUCACUUCAUCUGUGUGUGAAGUGUUUUAAUCUCUGUAAUUAGUGUCGAUACCAGUCUUAUAUCAGUCCCCCAUUUGUCAGACCCUAAUUAUGAUGCUGCGGGCUUCAUAAAGCAAGAUACUGAUAAACUAUCAGCAAUCCAACCUUUGGAUAUAGCCCUGCUAUUUCAUACAGAUACAUUUUUUAAGGUGCACGUAAGAUCGGCAAAGAUUUAUAACCUUCAGCAGUUUUUUUUUUUUGUAGGACUUUAAUUAAAAUCACAUCAAGUAAGCUUUUCAAUCUGAAGUUUCUCCGGAAAAAAAAGUCACCAGAAACACUCCGACUGCUGAUUAAAGAUGUCUUUCCCUCCCUCCAUGUGCAUGAUAAAGUAUUAAAUGUUCGUCUAAAAUACAUCUCUCAUUUGCACUUUCCAACCAUACUGCUUAUGCCCUUUUCUUUCUCUGCUCUUGAUAAAUAAUUGAUUCAUUAUUCUCACCAGCCCUGUUCUUUUUUUUUUUUUUUUUUUUUUUUAAAUACUUUAUCUCACUUUCCUCCUCCAUUGCUCCCCUCUCUCCUGCUCCCUGUUUUUCUCUUUAAUAUGUCACCGCUUUCUUCACAUGUAAGCUUGAACCCUCUAAUUGCCCAGUGGAGGAUUGUUAAAUUGUCCAAACUCUCCUUUCAUCUUCUUCUGGCAGUGACAUUUAGACAAAUGGGCAAUUUCACAGAAACAUUUUUUGUCAUUUUCCAUCAAGUCGCUAAAGUGGACUCAAAGUAUCUGCCUGUAUAUCUUGUUUAUUAAAGUAAAAGAGACCAUUAGGAUUAAAUUCUGGUUGUGUUUUUCCCUCCCAGUGCCUGCCGUAUUCACUGCUCCUGCAGCAGCUUGAGCUGAAGAACGUCAGAGAACUGGAGGACCUUCUGAUUGAGGCCGUCUACUGCGACAUCAUCCAGGGCAAACUGGAUCAGAGGAACCAGCAGGUGGAGGUGGACUGCAGUGUGGGUCGUGACCUCGGCCCAAAUGAGCUCCCAAACAUAGUCAACACGCUUCAGGAGUGGUCUGUAUCACCUCUGUGUGUCUGUGCCCAUUUUAGAUUUAUACUCACUUAUCAGAAGCUCACAAUCUUCUUUCUCUCCACACUUUCUUUUUGUUUCAGGUGUACAGGCUGUGAGGCGGUGCUGUGUGGGAUCGAGGAGCAGGUCUCGAGGGCAAACCAAUACAGAGAGAGUCAGCUUAAAGUCAAAGUCCAAGUGGAAACAGAGGUUAGUGCAUCUCCACUUCUGCCUGUGGUCUCACUGUUUCCCUCAAGAUAAUACAGUAAAUGUUACUCUCCUCCAUACCUCAACAUCUCAGCUUUUCUGAUGCUUUUAGCUACUCGUGUCAUUUGAGUUCCCCCACGACUGCAUGCGCAUUACCAUACAUGCAUCUUGUUUUAGGGCUUGCUUUCAUUCGUGCAUCCAGCCCUCGAGGAACAUUUCACAUCUGUCAUGAAAAAUUCAGUCCCACGUGUGAGCUUGAAACCAGGUUUUUCAUGCUCAAGUCAUUUCGUCUGUGACUGCUGAUGUGGGAACACUUUGGUAGUUUGUUCAAAGACGGUAUGAAAUUCAGUCUUUGAGUUACUUUCCCUUCUCUGCAGCUCAGCACAAAAAAAACACAGUCUGUGAGAUACAAAGAGUGGAUUUAAUACGAAAGGGACUGACGCCCACUAUGUAACUGAACCAGACUGCUGAUGCCUCCCAUUAGCUUCUUACAGAUGUUUCAGGACUUUGUUAAAGGAUCAGGAACAGCAGGUUUUGGCCCCCGUCACUUGUAUUAAAAGUACAAUUAGGAGUGGAUCACUUGAUGCCCUGUAGGAGCAAUUAGAGUACAUGAAAUGUGUUCAAAUGUUCAUAUAGGGACCCUGACUUUCAUUUGAGGCCUUCAGAGACUGUGAGGCUCUCCUUUCAAACACCCCCUGCCUCUUUAAUCUUGAAUUUUUAAUCUCUCCUCUCACCUUCAGGUCUCAAACCUACAGAAAACGUUAAAGGCCAGCGCCGCCUCCCCAUCAUCAGGCCCCGCCCCCGCUGGAGCCGCUUCUAAUCAGGAUGCAGAUCAGCCUGCAGAACCCCGAGACCCUGCCUCCUCUCAGGAACCUAGACAACCAGGCAAAAAAAGUUCAAAGGUGAAAGGGUAAGUGAGGAGACAUCACCUGUGUGUUUGCUGUGGUUUAUAGAGGGAGUAACCUGUUUUCUGCAUGAGUGUCACGCUCAGAGAACCAUUUUAUAUACUGUUUAUACAGACAAACCGCCAGGAGUUGGAUUGAAAUUGCUUUCAUUUUUCUUAAGCUUGGCCAAACAUUCAGAAAUGAACACAUAAAAUAUGUUUGACCAUGUAGAAUAAUUCACAGAAAAUUGUUCUUUAUAUUCCGAUUUGUAGCCGCACCUCUAUAUGUGAUUGUGAGGAGAAAAAAAGUCUAUUUAUUCCCACAAGUUACCAAAUUGAGACAAAAAGCUACAUCUGGAGGUUUUUUUCCAUUAAGUUUCUUUUAUGACUUCUCUUUCCUUUUGUUCUUUAUAGCACUUUGUGGUCUUUGAAAGCUUCUUUAUAAAUCUGAAUUUACCUAGUUACAACCGCAGCACUAAAAAGACUCCACUUCAAAUCCUAAAUUAAAGCCAUUAGUCCAGUGUUCUUGUAGAGAGUCAUGUUAAUCCAACAGCUAAAUGCUACGCUCCCAUUUUCUCAAUAAACACAAAAAGCCAGCUGCUGGUGUAAGUGCUGGGUCUGUGUGUGUGUGAGCGCUUGCAUGUGUCUGCAUGAAGUGGCUUUAUUAUCAGAUGCACGUCUGUGUUUUGCCGUGAUGUUCAAACCCUGCUAUCAGGGCCUGUUCUGCCUCCAUACAGCCCAAUUACCAAUGGCUAAUUUCACAUCUGUCCUGAAUUGUAAAAUGUCACUGGGUAUGUGCAAAUGCCGGCACGUUCCCCUCCUCUUCCAAAGAGCUGUUUCCCCCCGCAGUGAUCAGACAAGUUGCUUUACUUCUUGCCUGUUUAUGUUGUUGUUGAAGAACAGAAAGCUGUCAUUAUUUCCUGCCCGCCUGUCACUUUUUGAUGAAGCAUAGGGGCCUAUAAUUUUCAUCUCCACGCAACGCACGCCAUUCAAAUGUAGAUCCACGAAAUGUUUUGAAACUCGACCCAAUGAUAGCUUAACCUCAAUGCUCAAAUUAAAGGAGUUUUUACACAAUUUCUUCAUCAAGCAGUUGAAAGGAUGAGACUGAUAAAGCAGCAGUUAUUAUUAGAAAUAGCUCCUUUUGCAAAAUCCACCCUGAUCAAUUCCAGACAUAUAAAUUCUGAUUCUAGACAUUGUGUUGCAUCAGCAACAAAAAUAGUGAUGCUGUGUUUGUUUACAGGCUCCGUGGCAGUGGGAAGAUUUGGUCCAAAUCCAACUAAAGAAAAGAGACUGAGAUGUGGAGACAGCGGCACUGAAGGACACUCUGACAGAUUAGCGGACACAUGGACACAUUGACGGACAAACGGAUACAUAAAACAAUGUGACCAAUGUUCAAGGACACCUUUGUCUCUCUUUCUGACACACUCAUCACAAUAAAACCAGGAAGCUUCAUGGGAACUUUUCUGAUCACCAAAUCUCACCUCAAUGGAUUCAGAAACACACGGGCUGAUGGAAAUGACAGGUUUGACUUGUACUCUUGCAGUUCCUAAUAACCUAACAGACAGACUGUUAGUGUACACACACACACACGCACGCACACACACACACACGCACGCACACACACACACACACACACACACACGUACAGCUCUUCUUUCACAUCAAGAUCAAACAGUCUGCAGCAGGAGUCACUUGCCUUUGACCAGAAACUGGAUCAGUGUAUUUGACUCCGAUGUGUGUAUCUAUUGGUUUAAAAAUGUUCUUUUGGUUUAGAUUCUUUGUAUUUUUUCUCUCUGCUGAGUUGAAACAUGAAUAAAAUCAGAAUAUAAAAUGUCGGGAAAUAAAAGGAACCCCUGUACUUCUCCUGACUGGCUCA